GACUGUGUUAUAGAGUACACGCUACCAAGUGUGGAUCUUAUUGACGUGAUUUUGGGUGAUCCUGAUUGGGCUGAGACGCGGGCAGAUCAGCGAGAUUGGGUGGAUGUGGAUAAGGCGUUGUUGACUUUUGGGUUUUGUACGAAGUAUGUUGAUCAAGGGAAGGUGGUUGAGCGGGCACAGUCGAGGAGGUGGUCGACGACUUAA